AUGUGGCCUUCUUUCGCGAAGCCACUCCUGGUGGCAGCCUCAAUAGGCGCGCUCUUCUCUUCGACUGCAUCUGCGUUGACCCUGCUCAAGUCCAGCUCGCUGAACACCUGCCAAACCAACUCCGGCUUCACGGCCAGUCUGUUCAACGUCGUCUUUACGCCCAAUAACAACACGGCCAGCGUCGACAUCGUGGCCGUGUCCUCUAUCCAAGGAAACGUCAUCUUCGACCUUGAAAUAUCCGCAUACGGCUACCAGAUCAUCCGCCGCUCUGUCGACCCUUGCGACUCCGGCCUUGCCGGCCUCUGCCCCAUGACAGCCGGCAAACUCACGCUGGAAUUCAAUUUGGCUGUCAGCGACGAUGCGGCCAAGCAGAUUCCCAACAUCGCCUACACCUUCCCCGAUCUGGACGCCAAGGUCAAAGUCUUCAUCAACAUGACCUCGGGCGACGAUGCGGGCCAGAGCGUGGCUUGUGUAGAGGCCCAGUUUUCCAAUGGCAAGACGGUUGAUCUCACGGGUGUCAAGUGGGCCACGGCUGUGGUGGCCGGCUUCGCGCUGGCCUCGUCUGCUGUGGUAUCUGGCCUCGGCCACUCCAACGCCGCCUCGCACGUCGCCUCCAACGCGCUCUCACUCUUCGGCUACUUCCAGGCCCAGGCCAUGGUCGGCCUGACCGGUGUCUCGCUUCCGCCCGCAGCACAGGCGUGGACUCAAGACUUCCAGUGGAGCAUGGGCAUCAUCCGCGUCAACUUCAUGCAGAAAAUCUUUACGUGGUACCAGCGCGCGACCGGCGGCACACCGUCCAGUCUGUUCGACUCGCUCACCACCGUGUCCGUGCAGGUAGAGAAGCGGUCGUUUGACAGCUCCACGUCAGCCUUGGACACGCUGACCGGCUCCUAUGCCGGCAUGCCGCGCUCCGUCGCCAUGAUGCCGCGUUCUGUCGCCCGGAUGCCUCGUUCCGUCGCCCGGACGGCGAGCAGCGCGCUGUCUACCAUUGCCAAGCGCGCCAAUAUCGAGGUCAACGGGUCGGGCAGCUAUGUGGUGUACGGCAUCCAGCGCGUGGCGUUCCGCGCCGGCAUUGAGUCGACCAAUCUCGUGCUCACUGGGCUUACGUUCUUCGGCGUCUUCAUCGUCUUCGUCUUCGUCGGCGUGGUCGCCUUUAAAUGUUUCUGCGAGAUUGCGGCCAAGAGACGCUGGAUCAAGGCGGACACCUUCCUCGACUUUCGCAACGGUUGGAUGACCGUGCUCAAGGGCAUUCUCUACCGUAUGUGCCUCAUCGGCUUCCCGCAAAUGACGAUUCUCUGCAUGUGGGAGUUCACACAGGUCGACUCGGCCGCCGAGGUCGUGCUGGCCGUCUUCUUCUUCUUCGGCACCCUGGCCACUCUCGUGUGGGCGGCGUCCAAGGUGAUCCGCAUCGCGCGCCGCUCGGUGACGAUGCACCGCAACCCUGCCUACAUCCUCUUCUCCGACCCGCAGGCGCUGAACAAGUGGGGUUUCCUGUACGUGCAGUUCCGCGCGUCGGCCUACUACUACAUCGUGCCCAUCCUCAUCUACACGCUCGUCAAGGGCAUGUUUGUCGCCUUUGCGCAGUCCAAGGGCACGGUGCAGGCGAUUGCGUUCCUGUUGAUUGAGGCCGCCUCCCUGAUCUCGGCCAGCGUGCUGCGGCCGUGGAUGGACAAGAGCACCAACUCGUUCAACAUUGCCAUCUGUGUGUUCAACCUGCUCAACGCCGUCUUCCUGCUCAUCUUCUCGGACGUGUUCAACCAGCCAGACAUUGUGACAGGUGUCGUCGGCGUGGUGCUCUGGAUUGCCAACGCCGUUUUCUCGUUGGUGCUGCUGAUCAUGCUCAUCGUGUCGACAGCAAUGGUGCUCUUCCGCAAGAACCCGGACAACCGGUACCAGUUCAUGGCCGACGACCGCGCCUCGUUCAUGAAGUCGCAGACCCAGCUGACGACCACGACGGAGCUGGACGCAUUGGCGGCCACAGCCCGCGGCGACAAGGGCGGCUACAAGUCGGGUCUGGAUCUGGACGACGAUAGUGCAUCGAUCUCGUCCGAAUCGAUUCGCCGCCGCACGGAUUCCAGCCAUCUUAACGCUGUACCGGCAGCAUCGGUCAACGGGUCGACACACAACAGCUACCGUGAUGCACCGCGGUCGCCCGUGGACCCGUCGAUGCCGCUGUUUCCGGCCGACGGCAAUGCGAGCGGCCGGAUGAUGGGCUCGUCGCCGCCUGGCGGUUACGAGUACGACAACGCCGGCGCCGGUAACUACAGCAACAGCGCCAACGGCAGCUACAACCGCGUGCCGACAGCCGCUAACCUUGCGGCUGCUCGCUCGGCCAGCCCGUUCGAGGCCAACCCGGCCACGUCAAGCACGUUCCGGUCGCAGAACAACUCCAGUCCUUCGGGAUUCCGGUCACAAAACAAUGCUAGCCCAUGGCAGCGUGGUGCCGGUUAUGACCACUAG